GCUCUUGUUCAUUUCUCAGCAAGCGUCAGCUCACCACUGAAUUGCUUUGCAACAUGCCACCAAAGAAGAUCGAACCAAAGAAACCUGAGCCCAAAAAGCCAGAGCCUAAGAAAGAUGCAGCUCCAGCUGCUAAGCCAGCGCCACCUCCAGAGCCACAGCCUGAGCCACCCAAGGAGCCUGAGUUUGACCCCAAAAGCGUCACUGUUGAGUUCACUGCUGACCAGAUUGACGAGUUCAAGGAAGCCUUCACCUUGUUCGACCGCACACCAACUGGAGAGAUGAAGAUCACAUAUGCCCAGUGUGGGGAUGUCAUGCGAGCUCUGGGCCAGAACCCUACUAAUGCAGAUGUGCUGAAAGUGCUUGGUAAACCACGACCAGAGGACAUGAGUACUAAAAUGGUGGAUUUUGAGACCUUCUUGCCCAUGCUGCAGCAUAUCUCCCGCGCAAAAGAUCAGGGCAACUUUGAGGAUUUUGUUGAAGGGCUCAGGGUUUUUGACAAGGAAGGCAAUGGUACCAUCAUGGGAGCAGAGCUGCGUCAUGUGCUGGCAACACUAGGAGAGAGGAUGACAGAAGAUGAAGUGGAUAGAUUGAUGGCUGGACAGGAGGAUGCCAAUGGAUGUAUCAAUUAUGCCUCCUUUGUAAAGCACAUUCUCUCUGGCUGAAAAUGGACACUUAAUCAAAAAGACUUAUUUUAAAGAAUUUCUUUCUGGACACACUUAAUAUUUGACCAGUUAAAGGUGAUGUUGUCAUUAACGCUGUGACAUGUUACAUGUUAAUUCAGUGAAGUCCCAGUCAAAGAAUGAGGACUUACAUAAAGAAAAAUCAAUGAAUAAAGGAAAUACGAUCACAA